ACGAUGCAUGCAGUUAAAGUUGGACUUCCGCUCGUAUGCACUUACAAGUGCUUCGGAGGCCUGGAAGCGACUGCUGCGCGUGGGACUGCAUCCAUCACCAUCAACGUCGAUGUUCUUAGUCUGUUCCGAUAUUCUAAUUCAAGUCUGAGGACGAUGCCGGAUGAAAUAAGUCUAUACGCCUUCCAACACGAUAUCGUGGGCGCCUACUAUAUCCCAGAGUUCAUAUCUAGAGAGGAGGAAGUUCACCUACUACGCAAGAUCGGCGAGUCUCCAAAACACAGGUGGAAGACUUUGUGCAAUCGUAGAUUGCAGUUGUGGGGUGGACAAGUAUUACAGAACACCCUGCUAAAAGAACAGAUGCCUGCUUUCUUGACGUCCUUCCCUGACAUUUUAAGCCGGCUGAGGGGAACGAGGGCGUUUGAGCGUUCCCCACACCGAGAACCAAACCAUAUCAUUCUUAAUGAAUAUCUCCCUGGCCAAGGAAUCAUGCCUCACGAAGACGGACUAUCAUAUUACCCCGUUGUCGCGACAAUUUCUCUGGGAUCCCACACCAUCUUCCACUACUUUAGAUACAACCCGGGAGGUGAGGUAAUGAUGGAUUCUACCAUCUCUCAGCAGGAUGGCAAAGGUAAUGGAAGAUCUAUCGACGCGAAGCCUGUCUUGUCCGUCCUUUUGGAACCGAGGAGCGCUAUUAUCACGACCGACGAUCUCUACACGUCUCACUUACAUGGUAUCGAUGAGACGUUGCCAGACACGUUCGUUGGACGUGGGUGGCUCAGACGUGCUGCGGGGGAGGACGUUCUCAUCGCCAACUGGCAGAAUAUUGGGGACGAAAACAUGCACGAGGUUGUCCGUCACGGAGGAACACUCACUCGCGCGAUGCGUUAUAGUCUAACGUGUCGUGAUGUAGAGAAGGUGAAAGAAGCUUUCGUAGUGAAUUGAGUGCGAGUAGAUAAACAAAGACUAAUACCUCUACCUCUGAGUACCAUGAGGAGGCGGGGAAUGUAGAUACUAACGAGUGGCGGUUGUUUGGGCCUGGUGGC